UUACUCAUCCCUACCCAUACAUCCACCAUGGCCUCUUUCUCAGGAAACCUCUUCGGCACUGAGCAAGAUCGCGUCAACUGCUCUUUCUACCUCAAAAUCGGCGCGUGCAGACACGGGGACAGGUGCUCAAGGAAACACAUCAAGCCCCAGUUCUCACAGACGAUAUGUCUCCCCAAUGUAUACAACAACCCUGCCCACACCCCUGAAGGGCAGAAUAUGUCGAACGCAGAGUUGCAGGCGGAUUUCGACAGGUUCUAUGAAGACUUCUUCAUAGAACUGGCCAAAUACGGCAAUGUCCUUGAAAUGAUUGUUUGUGACAACGUCGGGGACCAUCUCCUCGGAAACGUCUACGCCAAGUACGAAUAUGAGGCUGAGGCUGCCCGCGCCGUCCGAGAGCUCAACGAUAGAUGGUACGCCAUGAGGCCACUCCUCUGUGAACUGUCGCCAGUGACGGAUUUCCGAGAGAGCUGUUGUCGACAAAACGAGAUGGGAGAGUGCAAGCGUGAAGGAUUCUGCAAUUUCAUGCACCUGUGCCACCCGACAAAAUCCCUCGUUGGUGCUCUUCAAGCAUCCCAGCGCGUUUCCCGCAGACAAAACCGAAACAAACCGCACGAAGAAGGGGAGAAUGGCGGAGACAUGGGGUGGACGCCGGAUGCCGCUGGAGGACAGGGAUGGAUGCCUCCGGCCGAGGAUCUGGGAUGGAUGCCGGGAAACAGGAGGUAGUUGGAGGGUUUGACGGAAGUAGACUGGCUUGUGAGCAGCUUGUAGAUGAUGCAUCUACUUAUCCCUCUGUUCGACGAGUACUCUUCUCGUUGGAAUUGCAGAUUUCCCGGGCUCUUAAAUUGCUCGCCAGUCCAGAGAAUAUGUCAUGAUGAAGUCUGGAUUUAGUGCUAGUGGUAUUGCCGUGUUAUACUCAAAAACAGCAUCCGCGGUUGAGACGCAAAGUGAUACACAGUGUGUCGAUGAAGAUCAUGACCCGUCAAGGGGUACUCGAGUACAGCAUCGUCGCCAUCUCUGCCAUUGCCAUGGCACACGUGUCUCUUCACUUGUACAAAGCUAAAGGUGAUCAUUGCCUAGCAGCCACACUGCAAUUGCCUUUGAAUGCACAUUUGUUACAUAGGGA